AUGGGCAUUCCAUACUUGACAAAGCAUUUGCUUCCAUAUGCCGAAAAUGUGUAUCUCCAUGACAGUGGGCUUGCCGUGGUCAUUGACGGGCCCAGUCUAGUAUAUCACGUUCAUCGUCGACUUUUAGGCUGGAUGGACCCAAACUGUGAUAUUCUGGACUACCAACCCUCGUGUGAUGAAAUCAGUCGCGGAGUAAGUAGCUAUCUUCUUCAGCUAACCAGACUGGGUAUUGAAAUACACAAAAUAUGCUUUGAUGGGGCUUUACCUGUCUCCAAGCGAACAACACGCUUGUCCCGGAUAGAAAGAUCCCGGCGCCGACUUGUUCUAGCUCAUCGAGACCUAUCCCUUCCCGCUACACCGAAAUAUCGCGAUACCAUACCAACCGAGCCUGGACAGGUCUGGUGCAGCCGAGGCUUGCCUCAUGGACGAAGAAGUCUUCCUGAGAAUCCCUUCAUGGUCUCUGCUGUGUACGAAGAUUUGCGGCACAGAUGGAAUAAAGAAGCGAUUCAAAAAGAGGUUGACAACGAUAUCAGCUGCUUUUCCAAGGAUAUCGAUUAUCCCUGGGCGGAUAUCACAGUCAUGGUACAAGGAGAGGCAGAUGUUGAAUGUGCUCGUGUGUCAAAACUGACUGGCUGCGCGGUCUUGACAGAUGAUUCGGAUCUUCUGCUUCAUGACCUUGGCCCAUCUGGCGCGGUGCUGUUUUUGGGCUCGGUUCAAUCACCCUCGCGUGUCUGGGAUCCCAUCAAGCCAGAUAUUCAGGGACUGAGAAUAUGUCCCGAUUCCCUCGCGCGCCGAUUGGGUAUCACAAGCAUUCAGCGAUUUGGCUACGAAUUGACCAAAGACCCUCACCUGCGGUUUGCUGAAAUCAUCCGUAGGUCCAAGGCCAACGAGGCCACUGAGCUCUCGUCUGAUUAUCAUGACUUUCUCCGGGAAUAUCAAACCACAGACCAAGACCUAGCAUUGAGAGCAAAGAAGCUAUCAGAACCAAUGGAUCCAAGAAUAUCCGAGUUGUUCUGGCAGUAUGAAAUCCCUGGUAUUUACUGUGUGGGAGAUCAACCGCACGUCUACCUUGGGGUUUUAAAUGAAGACCCCACUAGACAGUGUGCCUGGAAACAAGGCCGAGCAUACAGGUGUCUCGGUUACUCAGUUCUCAACCUCUCCCGUCCUGUUGACGAUCAAUAUACGAUUGUGCAAGAAUUUGUUCGCAGAGGUGGAAGAAUCGUGGCCGAUCAGAUAGCACUUAGCGGAACAGAGACCACAAUUUCUGAAAUGGAACUUCUACGCCAGCGUCUCGAUUUAGCGCGGAGUACCUUUGAUUCAACCGCUGAAAGCUUUUGGUUCAUGUUCGCUCUUUCCGAAAUCUAUCGCGAGGCGUCCAACCCAACCACAAUUCCAAGUGGUGUGCAAUUGGAAAGCUUCCUUGCCAGUGGGUAUAUGGAACAGAGCACCAAAUGGACAGACAUUCAUCUUCUUGCUCAGGUGCAGGCUGUUUUGUACUCUCUACGAAUGUUGCAACAGCUCCUCCAUAGCGCCACUCCUACAGAUUUGGGUGAAUAUGAGUCACUUCUUUUAGGAUUACCUCCACUACACAUAAUGAUGUCGCGACAAAAAUUGAUCCAAAGUUUCACCACUACUCGGGUGUUGCGACACAUGAUUUCUCAGUUAUUGAAAACAUAUGGCUAG